CUCCCACGCCCCUGCGUCCCAAAAUCUGCGGCGCACAACCCGUCACGACGUCCGGUUUUCUUUCUCACCCCGAACCAUUGGACUAUAAAGAGCGGCCCACGUGGGCUAUUCUGUGUCUAAAUCAGUAUCUAACACACCAGCUGCUGUCCUUGCCGGUACUAUUUACAUUUACUACCAUGAUUGGCGCCAACGGACCAUCGCUCAGAGCCGCACGUGCUGUAGUCACCGGCGCCGUCUUCUUCACGCGUACUCUACGCACGGCCCGCGCUGCCGUUGAAAAGAUUCCCUCGACGUCUAUCUCAGUGUUGCGCUCAGUAGAGUCCGUACGUCGAUGGCGACAGCCGCACAUGCUGAAUCAGCGCAGCGUCGGUCUGGUGCCGACUAUGGGAGCUCUACAUGAGGGCCAUCUAGCUCUGAUUCGCGCCGCCGCUAAAGAAAACCACCACGUUGUCGUGAGCAUAUACGUCAACCCAGCCCAGUUUGGAAUUAAAGAAGACCUCUCUUCAUACCCUGUUACCUGGGAGAGCGAUACCGCCGCAUUAGCGAAGCUUGAUCGCGAGCUGGCUGACGAUGGCAGCAACUUUGGACGUAUCUCUGCCGUCUUUGCGCCAACGACGCCUGAAAUGUACCCGUCUGGUUUCCCGGGACAGGAGAUUGACAGCAAAGGCAGCUUUGUUACCAUAACGCCGGUUGGAGAGGUGCUUGAGGGAGCAAGUCGGCCGACCUUUUUUCGCGGGGUGGCGACGGUGUGUAUGAAGCUGUUCAACGUUGUACAACCUGAGCGCGUAUAUUUUGGCCAGAAAGAUGUUCAACAAACUGUGGUUAUCCGCAGGAUGACAGGCGAUCUUAUGCUCCCCACAGAAGUCAUUAUCUGCCCGACCGAAAGACAGGCGGAUGGACUCGCCCUCAGCUCUCGGAAUGUCUACCUCGGUCCGCGACGACGCAACGUGGGAGUCACGCUCUACCGGGCCUUGUCGGCAGCCGAACAGACUUACAAGGCUGGUAAGCUGGAUCGUGCUUCCAUACUCGGCGCUGCCAACGAGGUGAUCUCCCAGACACUGGAGGCGCAGACCAAACUGUCGGCAGCGGAGCGGGCGCUGUUCGACGUGGACUAUAUCUCGAUGGCUGAUCCAAACACUAUGUUGGAAAUUGAUGCUGUUGAUCCAGCACACGGCGCGGUGCUGAGUGGCGCUAUCAAGAUGCAUUCGUUGACGGAGACGCAACGUGGCGAGGAUGUUGGGCAUGCGGGCGGCCCUCCUGUACGACUUAUUGACAACAUUAUUCUUAAACCCGUCUCUAGUUAGUGACAUAAUCUCUUGACUUGUAUAUGUAUAUGUAUGGUAUGAUAAGGAGAAAGAAACAGAGCAAUAU